AUGGAAUUUGACGGAGAAUCUCGUAAAAGGCCUUUGAGCCAGAAAGAUCCAAAUGGGAUUCAUCAGAUAGCUCCAUUAAAAAUGACACCUCUUUACCACAUAAAAAAAGCUGAAGGUGCAAUAUCGACGCUGAAAACAGUUGUUCAUGAACAUGAUUGGAGAAAGAUAUUAGAUCAUAGUAGUGGAAUUUCCAUUUACAUGAAACUGGAUAGUUCAGAAAAUGGAAAUAUUCCACUAAUUAAAGGUGAAUUAAAUAUACAAGGAUUUACUCCUGAUGAAAUUUUCUCUGUCAUUGAAAUGAGAAAUAUUUGGGAUGACUG